AUGGCACGCAACGCCCCGAAACCCAAGCCGGGCGCCGCCAAAGCCGCCCCCGCCGGACCAGCCAGUCGGAAAUCCCGCGGCGGCGCGCAAAAGCGCGCACUCAAUGCCUUCGCGAUCGCCUCGGCGGCCGACAACUACGAGCAGCAGUCGAGAGCGCAGUCGAAGAAGCGGGCUGCACGGAGCGCGGACGACGACGAUGACGGCGAUGAGAGCGAGGGGAGUGUGGAUGGAGGCGAGGACUCGGACGGUAAUGAGUGGCGCCUGGGCGAGGUCGAUGAGGACGACGACUCCGAUAUCGACUCCGACGACGCUAUGGGCGAGAGCGACGAGGAGAGGUUUGAGGACUUUGCGUUCCGUGGGAGUACUGGUGAUGGGAAGAAGGGCAAGGGGAAGGUCAGGAGGAAGGGCGUUGUGGAUCUGAGUGAGGAGGAGGAGGACGGCAGUGAUGAGGAUGAGGAUAUGGAGGGCGAGGGGUAUAUCGACCUCAGCGAAAUGCUGGACCGGGUUUCAGAGGACGAGGAUGGAGAUGAGGAGUCGGAGGAGGACAAGGACGACAAGAAGGCGAAGAAAGGGAGGAAACGAGCGGCGCCGGAGUCGGAUGAUGAAGUUGGGGACUUUGGCGCUGGGUCGAGUGAGGGGGAAUCUGACGACGAUUCGUUUACGAAGUUUUCCGACGAGGAAGACGACGAGGAGGAAGACGAACUUGCACUCGAAGCGCUCGAAUCUGCCAUCACCGCACUGCCCAGUUCCAAUGACCGCCCCGCUAAGCGUCUACGAAUCCAGGAUGCGAACGAGGGGAAGACGCCGGGAGAAUACAACCUCUCGAUUGGCUCGGACUCCAAGAAGCUUACGAUCCACGAUCUCAUGUCGUCGGUGGCUGAUCCGACGCUGAAGAAGUCACUGAAGCUACUCGCUGCCGAUGAUAAAGGAAAGAGCGACAAGAAAGGUGUCCCCGGCAAACUAUCGGCGCCGCUGGCGAAGAGAAUGCAGGAUAAGAUCGAUCGUGCCGCGGCGUAUGGCCAAACGAAGGAGACGCUGAAGCGGUGGGUGGACACCGUUAAGCACAACCGCGAAGCGGAGCAUUUACAUUUUCCUUUGGCGAAUGCGCCCAAUGCGGCAGUGCCCGCAUCCAAGAAGCUGAUCGCCAUGACGGCCGCCAACUCCAAGCCGUUGAACGCGUUUGAAGCCUCCAUCUCGGGAAUCUUGAAGGAGUCGAAUAUGGACUCUGAGAAGAAGAUCCAGGAGUUUGAGCAGCUGGCUACACAAAAGUUGUCGAUUGAGGAUGUGCAGCGACGCACAGCGGAGCUGAGGAAGGCUCGUGAGCUGAUGUACCGUGAGGAGCUCAAGGCUAAGCGGAUAAAGAAGAUCAAGUCGAAGUCUUACCACCGCAUCAAGAAGAAGGAGCGGAUGCGACAAGAUGAGGCGAUUCAGUCUGCGCUUGCGGAGGAACGCGACGGCGAGCCCGACUCGGACGAGGAGAUGGAGCGCGAGAGGAGGCGUGCAGAGGAGCGCAUGAGUCUGAAGCACAAGAAGAGUAAAUGGGCUAAGGGCGUCAAGGACAGUGGACGUGGUGCUUGGGACGACGAUGCAAGAACUGGCGCUAUGGAGAUGGCGAAGCGCUCCGAGGACCUGCGGAGGAAGAUAGCUGGAAAGGAGAUUGGGAGCGAUGGUGAGGAGAGUUCGGACGACGAUAGCGAUGAUGAAUUCGACGAGGAAGGCGUGGAGGAUAGACUUAAGGCUCUUAAGGAGCUGGAGAAGAUUGGGGAAGCCGGCAAAGGUGGAAAGGGUUCCAACUUGAUGGCUAUGAAAUUUAUGCAGAGAGCUGAGGCGGCGAAGAGAAAAGAGAACGAUGCUAUGAUUCAGAGUCUCAAAGAGGACUGGGACGACGAAAAGGAUAGCGACUCUGACGACGAGAACGACGCUGCACCGACUGGACGGAUGGUCUUCAAGCCUGGAAAACCAGAAGUGCAGACUGUCUCCAAGAAGCAGGACAGAAAUGAAUUCGAAGCACCGCCCACCUCUGACGAUGAGGACGACGACGAAGACGAGAUCGAGCUUACGAACAAUGCUUCAUCGAAGACAAUCAAGAAGCAGAAUCCCUUCUCGGCACCGAGCGGCCCAACUAGGCACAAGGACAGGAAUCUACCAUUCACGACCGACUCUGUGGGUGAACAAGAGGAGGUCAACCCGUGGCUACCUGUGGAUUCGAGCAAAACCUUUGUCAAGCCUAAGGCCAAAGCAUUGGGUGUUGGAAAGCAGGAUUCCAAAGGUGCGAAAGUCAACCACAAGCUCUCAAAGGAUCGGAGAGUAGCACUUGAUGCUGCCCAGCAGGCUGUGGACGGCGAUACGCGCGUAACGAUUGAUACGAAUCUGACGCUCAAGAUUGCCCGUGUCCAAAACUCGGAUGAUGAGGCCGAGCAGGACGAGGAGGGCCAGAUCCAGCUUAUUCCUACUAAAGGCAAGAAGUCGGAGAGCCAGCGGGAGUUGGUCAAGAUGGCGUUCGCCGGCGACAAUGUGGUCCAGGAGUUCAAGCGGGAGAAGCAGCAGAUCGCGGAAGAGGACGACGACAAAGUCAUCGAUCAGACACUACCUGGAUGGGGCGCAUGGACUGGUACUGGUCUUUCUAAGCAGCAGCGUGGUCAGAACAACCGACGGAAGAAGGUACUGCAGACCAUCAAGGGUAUCAGCAAAGACAGCCGGAAGGACUCCAGGAUGGAGAAAGUCAUCAUCAGCGAGAGGAGAGACAAGAAGGCUGCCAAGUUCCAAACCCCGACCCUUCCGCACCCGUUCGAGACGAAGGGUCAGUACGAGCGGAGUCUCCGAGUCCCUAUUGGACCCGAGUGGACCACCAAGUCGACAUUUCAGAAUGCAACCAUGCCCAGGGUCAUGGUCAAGACUGGACGCGUGGUGGAGCCUAUCUCAGCGCCGUUCAAGUAA